AAUAUAACUCAAACGUACAAAAAAAAUACCAUUUAAAAAUAUGAACAAAAAAAACACUAGCAAAACGCCGUACAGGGAAAGGUUUAGGCGAUGUAAUCUGGAAUAUACUAAUGAACGCCUUUGGGAACAAAGUUAUUUGAAGGCCAGAUGUAAGGAGUUGCACUUAGAGGAAGAAUAUAUGAAAUAUAAGAUUCGCUUGAUGAUCAGUUCCCUCACCGUUUUCGUCCCCAUGUUAAUAAUAUUGAUCGUAGCUCUUCAAGUAAUCAUAUGGUCAUUUACUGAGUAUAACAAAUACAUCUACAUAAAUGCGAUAUUUGACUUAGGAUCAUUAAUUUUAGUCACGGGCUUACUGAGCAUCAAUUUCUUUGAAGGCUUUAUAAACCGCCACAGAUGGGUCUUGACUUUCACCUCGACUUUGUCGGCAUAUGUUGUGGUUUUGGGUGAUAUAGCCUUUAACACAUAUUAUUAUUACAAAUCUGCCUGGCCUCUUAACACCUUAUACGAUGUCUUUGUGCUCUGCAUGAUCUACAUGUUCCUGCCAAUACCUUCGAGCAAAGCAGCAGCUCUGCUAGCCAUAUCUGUUAGUCUAACAUAUGUGAUAUAUUUCAUUCACUUUAUGGCAUUCAACGAGCAUAAUGUUGCUAAAUAUGUUCAUGGUCUGGAUAUAGUAUCAAUAGAUUUUUUUCACUACCUGGGCUUCAAUAUGAUGGGAAUAUUCUUCAGAAUCAUGAACGACACCAUGGUGCGGUCGUCUUUCCUGGACCGAUACCAGUUCAUCACGGAGGAGAUUUGGCUACGCCAAGCUCGCCGUCAAGAGUCCUUGCUUCUGGACAGCAUACUUCCACCGCAGAUUGCGAAGCCCAUUCAGAAAAGCAUUAAGGAAAAGAUCAUGCGGCCCGACAACGACUUCUACCAUCUGGGCACUUCCCGGAAAGCAGAAAACUUCAUGUCCAUCCAGAUUCACAACGAUGUCAGUAUCCUGUAUGCUGAUCUGGUGAACUACACCCAAUUGACCACAACACUGCCGGUGGAGAAGCUGGUGAAGGUUCUGCACGACCUCUACGCCAGAUUUGAUUUGGCUGCCGUCUCUUUCAAGGUGCAGCGCAUCAAGUUCUUGGGCGAUUGCUACUACUGUGUGGCGGGUUUGGGCGAAGCUGAUCCCGAUCACGCUACCAUGGCUGUGUCUCUGGGAAUUUCCAUGAUUGCUAAUAUUAAGGAGGUGAGUGUGAAUCGUUCCUUGAAUAUUGGCAUGCGAAUUGGUGUCCAUUCGGGAACAUUGUUUGCAGGUGUGAUCGGCGAGGCCAAGCUACAGUACGAUAUAUGGGGUACCGACGUGAAUAUUGCCAGUCGUUUGGAAGCAACCGGAAGUCCUGGGUAUGUGCAUGUUAGUGGACGAACUCUGAGUAGCUUGAACGCUGCGGAAUACAGGAUAUAUCCGGGCACGGAAGCGGCCCAGAAGGAUCCCGUACUGCAGAAACAUCCGAUGAGCACCUAUCUCCUCGCCGUCAUACCAUCACGUGAUUCAGAUAAUAUUAUGAGCGUAGUUGAGGGUGUUCCUAACCUGGACCUUCAAACCGUGGGAUCUAACCGAAAAUCCCAGAUUUUGAAGCCGGAUUCACUGUCCGAUGAAAUGCGUGAGGAAUUUAGAAAGAUGCCGGUGGGUGGCUUAAAAUUUCAAUUCCCUUGGUCACGACGAGAAAGAAAUGUGAAAAUCGAGAAGGUCGAACGCGAUUUGGGCCUAUAUUGUGUAGCAUUUAAGGACAAAUCUGUGGAAUGGAAUUAUUUGCAUCAGCCCGAUUAUAUUUUUAAAUACUCAGUGGCGCUCGGCUGGGGAAUUGGGUGCUGCCUCAUUUACAUCCAGUCCGUGAACAACUCAGAUCUCUUUUAUACGGGUGUUUUCAUUGACAUAAUGGCGUUUUUCGUCCUGACUUUCCUACUAUUCAUCUGCUGGUACAAGAAAGUGUGCUGGUGGCAUAGUGGACAGAACGAGCUCAGGAGUUACGGCAAACUCAGCUGCGCCAUAUUCAACUUGUUUGAAAAGAUCCAGCACAGUUUUGUCCUUCGCCUCACUGUCUACAUGAUUAUAAUAGUGUGCUAUUACUUGGUGCUCUCCUUGAUAUUGAUGAGCUGUGAAAAGGACCAAUAUGAGUUGGACAUUAUAGAGAGCAAGCUCUAUAACUAUGACAUGGAUCCGUUUACCUGCUUCCACCCCUGGGCCUAUACGAACAUGAUGGCCCUGAUCCUGGGAAUGAGUUACACCUUCGCCCGCAUACCCUUCGCCCUCAAGACCUUCAUCGGUUGCAUUGAAGCUGUGGCCUUCGUCCUGGUUGUGUGCUUCCAGUACGCCUUCAUUUUUGAGCACAGUGUCACCACAUCGCCCUAUUUGAAGGCUGAAAUAGCGCAUUCCUGCAGGGUGUGCAUGAUGCUGAUAACUAUGUACGCUAAGGAACGUCAGACAGAGUUCAACACUAAAAUGAACUACAAGCUCAACCUGGACCUGCAGAAAAAGCAAAAAUCGGCCGAUGUAACCAACCAGUCCAUCAUAAUCCUGCUUAACAACAUUCUUCCAUCUCAUGUUGUCGAGGUAUAUCUCAGCUCUAUAGCCAGACACGAAUUGUAUUAUGAAAACUAUCGAAUGGUAUCAGUCAUGUUUGCCAUGCUCACAAACUUUCAAAUGGAUCUGCCCAGCUUAAGAGUGCUAAAUGAUAUAAUCACAGCAUUCGACAGACUGCUUUCUGCCUACAAGCAAUAUUACGUAGUCGAAAAAAUCAAAGUCGUGGGAUGCACUUAUAUGGCGGCCUGUGGAUUGGACUUCAGCCUGAUCGAAAACAUUGAUAGCAACUCGAAUUUCGGCAGUACAUCAUUGUCAUCCGAAUUAGAACAGGUGCGUUCGCGUUUGGAGUCAUCUAUCAGAGAGAGGAACCAUGAUGAGGUGGCUUUUAUAAUGGCUACGUUUGCUCUGGACCUGAUGCGUGUCCUGUCGGUGUGCAACAAGGCUUACGCCGGAAAACCCUUCGAUCGGGCAUUGUCCACCGGCGAGAUAAGGAUCGGUAUCUCUACGGGUCAGAUAAUGGCUGGGGUGGUGGGCGCUUCCCAGCCGCACUACGACAUCUGGGGCAACCCGGUCAAUAUGGCCUCUAGAAUGGAAUCGACUGGUUUGUCUGGCCAUAUUCAGGUUACAAAGGAGACUGCCCAAACGCUCGAGGAGUUCGAUGUUAUGUGCUAUUAUCGCGGCUUAACCUUUGUGAAGGGUCGUGGUGAAAUUCCCACCUACUUUGUGGGCAUCGAUAAAGACCUAAAGUUCAUGUCCAAGAAAAUCGAUAGAGCUUCGGAGAACCCAUCAGAUCUAAAACCUGACCUGGACGGCUCCUAAGACAGAUGCAAAUUUUUUCGGUAAAAUCUUCAUAAUAUGGAAUUAGAAUGGCAAAUGCAUAUUGAAGGCUACGUUUCUCAAAUUUUGAGAUCGUAGUUCUUGACUGUAAAAUUUGAGAUGCGUAGCCUUACAAAAUGAUGUGGACUCAAAUCUUGUAAAAAUUAUGUGGAAAAUAAAUAUUUUUAAUACCUUA